AUGACAGUCAACCUCGCCACAACCAUUGAAUUAUAUGGGGAAAUUGUCAAGCGAUUCCCUUUCCGUCUCGACAUUGUCGCAUGGCUGGUUGCAGCCCUACGCGAUAGUCGACUUUGGGGAGCAUCCCGGGAUGAAGACGUUCUAGUUCUCUCGGAGUACGUCGGAGCUUAUGUAUACAGUCUGGCCGCCGGAAUAGUACCGAGGAAAAAUUGGAGACAUUUAUUUGAGCUUCAUCUUGCUUCCGGUGACAUUUAUGCUGCGAGAGGAGAGGUGACUGCUGCAUACAGGGAAUAUAACAGAGCUUUCCGAGCUGCGUUCGGUGGCGAGGUCACUGAACUCGUAACAGUAAUCAACAGAAAAAACACGGGCGCAGUCAAGAUACUGUGCGCACCGUCCGAGUUAUAUCAAUACAGUGUCGCGCUUUACGAAGCAAUAGACGGACAUUUAUUCGGAGAAGUUGUAAAUAGUGAGAGUCUUUUGCUAGUGGAUAGCUUGCUUGCUAAUUUUUUGGGGUUGCUUGUGAAGCAUUGGGCUGUUCUUAAAGAUGAGGUGGAAAAGACUGGCGAUAGAGUAAACAGGGCUUUCUUACCAUAUCUCGUAUAUACGCGCCUGGUUUUACUCUAUGAACAAGGCCUGCCAGCAUAUAAUCCAGUGGUCGUUCGGGAAAUUGCUUUGCACUUAGCCCGUGUGUUAGCGGACACAUACGGCGGACAGGAAGAGCCCAUAGUCUUUGGAAAUAGGCAAAUUCGAAUGAUGAACGGUGUGCAAGUCGGGAUCGAGUAUAUCCGAUGGCUUUGCAAGUUCGUUGACAAUCAAGACUCGGCCAUAAUAAUAGGAAGGUUUUUGCGAAAUAUGAGUAUAGGCGACGCCAAAACAUAUUUUGAGGAACUACAUGCUCUUGCUCCGGCCAAUAGAAUUAUUGAACAAGAGCUAGCCAACACAUACUCUGCGUUGGCUGCAUUCAAGUCCGAAAAUGACGAGUUUCAUGAAGCCGUUCAGUUAUGUGAAGCUUCAAUAAGAAUGUGUCCCGACUUGCCAUGUUUUCUUCUUCAGUUCUAUAACAUAAAGUAUACACACUGUGACUGGAACAACCUUGACGGCAGUGCCGCCCAGUACGUCGUGGAUGAGAAUGGUUGUCUCAAAUCUCCUGGUAGUUGUUAUGAGGGUCUAGCCGAAAGAGUUGUUGCCGAAUUCGAAAAGUCUAUAGGCAACGGUCAAAAUUAUGGUAAAGGCGUUCUCAAAGCAGUCGGUGGUCCAAGAAAAUUUGUUGAAGAAGCUACAAAGAAUCUCCAUCCCAAAGAUCCGCUCCGGAUCGAAUUGAAAAAUAAGGCGGAUCAUUGGGAAAAGAUAAAAAAGAUACCGCUGGCAAACGAAGGCGGAUGGGUUAUUCGUGUUGUCGAAAAGGUCAUCCGUGCACUGCAAAGAAAGUGGUAUUGCGACAAUUAUGGUCGACAGUACGUUGAAAUUUUCGGCAGAGUAAAGAGAAUUCGAACUGGUCCCGAAGAAGAGGAGAAAUAUAAACGACCGACUCUCCCACCCAUGCUUGAACGACCAGAGCCCACUCCCUUGGAUCCGUUUACUGCGUUUAACGUUCCAAUGGCGGCCAGACAAGUGCGUUUAUGUGCACAUAGAUAUGCUCUUGCGAUAUCCUCGGACUUGCAUGGAAGACAUCCGAUGGCUCAUUUAGUGUCAAACAUGUUUGGAAUGCACGAUCGGUCGCAAUUUGAAGUAUUUGUGUAUGCAACCUGUCCUAAUGACGGAUCAAGAUUUAGGAAUAACGUUGAAACUCAGCUUGAGCUUGGGCACGUAAAGGAUGUUACAUCACUUCCAAUGGAGGAACUUGUUCAACUUAUUCACGAAGACGGUAUACAUAUUCUGGUCAAUCUCAAUGGGCAUACCGCUGGAGAUCGAAAUCAUCUGUUUUGUGCUCGGGUAGCUCCUAUUCAGAUACAGCAUAUGGGCUUUUGUGGUAGCUGCGGAGGAGACUGGAUCGACUAUUUCAUAACGGAUAAACAUAUAACGCCAGAAAAUGUUAUUGCAUCAAACUUUAAGAGAGUAAGCUCUAGACCUGGUGACAUUCUUGACUCGCCUGAUCCAGAAGAAACGGACAACGACUGGUGUAUAUACGAAAAAGUAAUUUUCAUGCCCAAUACUUAUUUUGCUACUGAUUAUAGACAAUCAUUCAAUGAUAUGGAAGAAAUACCACAAAAAAUUCGCGAGGAUCCUGAGCAGUUAUGGUUAUAUGAGCAAGAUAGAAGAUGGGAUUUACGGAAGAAGUUAUUUCCUAAUAUAGACGACGACAGUAUAAUUCUUGCGACAUUUAAUCAAUUGUACAAACUAGACCCCUGUACAUUCAGAAUCUGGUGCAAUAUCCUGCAAAGGUCAGAGAACGCGUACUUAUGGAUACUCGAGUACCCACGAGCGGGGGCACUGAAAUUAAUAGAAUAUGCCAGAAUAUGGUGUGGUGAAUCUGUUGCCAAGAGGAUUCUUACCACUGAGAAAGCACCGAAAGACGAACACGUAUACCGCACCAGGAUUGCAGAUUUGUUACUUGAUAUGCCAAAGGUCAAUGCCCACACAACCGCUGCAGAUACACUUUGGUCGGGUACUCCUAUUCUUACUUGUUCAGGAGAAGUUCAAAAGACCGCUUCACGGGUAGCACAUAGUAUUGCUAGUGCGACUGGUGUGAAAGGGAUGACAGUGACGAACAUGAAAGAAUAUGAAGAACGCGCCGUUCAACUGGUCAGAUCUGUCAAGUAUAUAUAUAAAGAAUAUUCCGCUAAAGAUAUUCCUAAGAGAUGGCAUCGAGUUGGAGAGGGUGAAUUGAUAGAAAUGAGAAAAAAACUUUUUUUGGGUAGAGAAAAAAGUGCACUAUUUGAUACUCCUAGAUACGUUAAAGAUAUGGAGAAAGGUUUUACCAUUGCUUGGCGCCAGUGGAUUAAUGGGGAAGAGAAAAACAUUGUUAUAAAAAAAGAUUGA